GAAGGGAUCGAGAAAACGAUCGAGAGGCUCCUCGCUCUCCGAGCCAUGCGCAACACGAUCGCGCCCAUCUCUAUGCUCCCCGACGAAAUUCUCUCCAUAAUCUUCCUAUACUACGGCACCAUCGUUGAAUCUACUGCCACUGGACGCUGGACUAAAUUGAUGGUCGUCUGUCGCCGUUGGCACAAGGUCUGUUUGACCCACGCCAAGUUGUGGUCUUAUAUCGUGCCCGACCCCGGCCCCGUUCCCAGGAUUCGUCCACGGAAGGCAGUCGAACCUGGAGCCCUC